GCAGCCGCCCCGCUCCCGAUAUGCAGAAGUGUAGCUGCCUGCUGCUGCUGGUGCUGGCUGUGGCGUUCUGCCAGGCCGGCCUUGUCCGUCCCAGGAAGGUCCCCAAGCUGUGGCGGCCUCGCCUUUCGGGCAGAAUCGUGGGCGGGUCUGCGGCCAGCAUCUCGCAGUACCCCUGGCAGCUCUACUUCGAGGCGAACGGCGCCCCGUGCGGAGCGUCCAUCAUUAGCAGCAAUUGGGCGCUGUCGGCGGCCCACUGCGUCGAGGGCGCGUCGCUGACCAGCCUCCAACUGCGAGCCGGCACCUCGACCAGGGGCAGCGGCGGCAGCGUACACUCGGUGUCCGGCGGGCAGUCGCACUCCAGCUACAACUCGGCCACCAUCGACUACGACAUCUGCGUGCUGCAGGUGUCCAACGCCUUCAGCUUCGGCUCCAACGUGCAGGCCGUCUCCUUGACGUCGUCAGAGCCUUCGGCGGGAACCUCCGUCACCGUCACCGGGUUUGGGGCGCUGAGCUCCGGCGGAUUGUCGUCGAACCUGCAGGCCGUCACCGUCCAGAUCAUAGACCGCAACACGUGCAACGCCGCUUACGGCAGCAUCACCUCCCGCAUGAUCUGCGCCGGCGUCACGGGCGGAGGCAAGGACGCCUGCCAGGGAGACAGCGGCGGACCUCUGGUGUCAGGCUCCACGCAGGUCGGCAUCGUGUCGUUCGGCUCUGGAUGCGGUCUGGCCGCCUAUCCAGGGGUCUACGCCAACGUCGCUAAUCUCCGCUCUUGGAUCCAGUCUGCUACCGGCGUGUGACGAGACAAUAAAUAAACACUUUUAAUAAACCA